AAUUAUAUAAAUCUGCUUCACUCCCUCACAAUUCCCAUUUCAAAUCUUUUGAACUGCAAAUUCUAGCAGUGAAGGAAAAUUUGCCAGAAUGUUUGAUGUGCAUUUCGAAUUCGGCAUCUUCGGAUAUAUCACUGCACUUAUUCUGUUCUUGGCGCCUGUGAUUACGUUCAGGAAGAUUUUAAGGGAGCAUUCAACGGAUCAGUUUUCUGGGAUUCCGUAUGUUUCUACGCUUCUGAAUUGCUUGCUGUCUGCAUGGUACGGCCUGCCAUUUGUAUCGCCUAACAAUACGCUCCUUAGUAUAAUCAAUAGAAUCGGAUCAGUCAUCGAAUUGUGCUACGUUGUUGUCUUUCUGUUCAAUAUCCGAGACAAUAAAUACAGGGCGAUAAUAUUUGGGCUUCUGGUGAUUGUGUUGAUGAUAUUUGUAAUAAUCGCUGUGGUUUCACUCUCUGCACUGCACGGAAAUGGAAGAAAGAAGUUAUGUGGUUUCGCUGCCGCCAUUUUCUCAAUCUGUAUGUAUGCAUCUCCGCUUUCCAUAAUGAGGAAGGUGAUGGAGACAAAGAGCGUGGAGUCUAUGCCCUUCUUUCAGUCUUUAUUUUUAUUCCUGUGCGGCACGUCGUGGUUUGUUUUUGGGCUUGCUGGCAAAGAUCUACUGGUAGCAGUGCCUAACGGAAUUGGUUGUGUACUGGGAGCGAUACAGCUGACUGUGUACGCCGUUUAUAAAGACUGGAAGAGGAUUGGCAAGAAAUCAACAUCGAGUCCUGCAGAAGCAAAGCUAAUGGGUGAAAGUGACAUUGCUGCACAAGGAACUGUCAUUCAAGGUUAAAAGAAAAUGAACGGUAUUUGAAUGCAGUUGAUAAACGGAAAGCUGCCCAAGUGGUGGCACUGUGUGCUUUCAAUUCUGUCUGUACAGAUGUAUAUUCUGUCUUUUGUCGUUUGAAUAUAAAAUAACCGAAUUUUGAUCUUGA